CUGUAACGAGCCGUGUCGCUGCAGUGUUGCGCUUUCCUGUUUACGGGCGGGAAGAGCGAACACGGCACACCGUGGAGGCUACUGUGUUGGAAUCGGAAGCACGUUAGUUUUAAUCCCCCCUCUUUCACAUGGUCUGCGAGUUUUAAUUAGUCGCGGGGCAUCGCGCGGUGCAGCGGGUGCGUUUCACGGGGACUGUUGCUGAGAGCUAGAGGGUUGUUGUUGUUGUUUUUUUGCUGUUCGGGGCAGAUGGAGGGUCCUCCUGCAGAUUCUGGCGGCGGUGGCGGCGGUGCAGCGGCAGAGGGCCCCGCUGUGCAGGUGGCAGAUAUCUGCUGGCCGUCCGCAUCGGCUCCUCUGCGGCUCCUGGAGUGGAAAGUCAAACCCGGGUCGCUCAUCAAUGUGGAUUCCGUGCUAGCCCUGUGUGCUCCCCUGUCUCAGGAGAAGGAGCCUGCGAGGGCGCCAGAGAAGAAGGUGAAAUCGGACCGUGCUGGAGUAGUGAAGGAGCUAUGCUGUCAACUUGGACAAGUCAUACCCCCCGGGGGUGUCAUUGUCAGAAUAGAAGAAUGCAGCCAUCCGAUAGUGAUGAAGGGCCUGUGUGCUGAAUGUGGCCAGGACCUGACUCAGCUGCAGAGUACGAAUGGGAGGCAGCAAACUCCUAUCUCCACAGCAACAGUCUCCAUGGUGCACAGUGUCCCCGAGCUGAUGGUCAGCUCAGAGCAAGCAGAGCAGCUGGGCAGAGAAGACCAGCAGCGACUCCAUCGGAACAAAAAGCUGGUCCUCAUGGUGGACCUGGACCAGACCCUUAUCCACACCACCGAACAGCACUGCCAGCGUAUGUCCAAUAAGGGCAUUUUCCACUUCCAGCUUGGACGAGGAGAACCUAUGCUUCACACCCGCUUACGCCCACACUGCAAGGAAUUCCUUGAGAAAAUAGCCAAACUCUACGAGUUACACGUCUUCACAUUCGGAAGCCGCCUUUAUGCACACACCAUUGCUGGCUUUUUGGAUCCUGAAAAAAAACUUUUCUCCCAUCGGAUCCUUUCUAGAGACGAAUGCAUCGAUCCUUUCUCCAAGACAGGGAAUCUUAGAAACCUUUUCCCUUGUGGCGAUUCGAUGGUCUGUAUAAUCGACGACAGAGAGGACGUGUGGAAGUUUGCGCCGAACCUCAUCACUGUGAAGAAAUACAUCUACUUCCAGGGCACAGGGGACAUCAAUGCUCCACCAGGAUCGCGAGAAGCUCAGAUGGGCAGGAAAGGAGGUUCCUCAAGUCGUCCAUCAGACAACACAGAAUCAGCAGGCAUGGAAGAGCAAAAUAAUGGGCUCAGGAAAAGGGCGAAGGACAUUGUGUCCUCAAAGGAUGAGUCCACAAAGUCUCAGGGAGAACCAUCUACUUAUUUGACUCAUGAACCAGGACAAACUAAAGUGUCCGAGACUGAGGCAGAGUCUGGAUCAGGGUUGAGAGAAUCUCAGGAAAGUAACAAAACAAGUGUAAAAGAAGAUGAAAAUACGAGGACUGUGCGGGCACAAAAAGGUGCAAACUCAUCAACAACGCACGAGUCCAACAACCUGGAUUUUGACCUUUCUAGUGACAGCGACAGUGACUCUGUUAGAGAAAAGCCUCCCUCUACAGAAAGCGAUAGUGAAGGCAAGUCAAGGCAGGCGGUGAAAUCUGGUAUCGAAGAUGUUCCACAAGAGCCCAGUGAUGGCGAUGUAUCAAAAGAAGGGGACGUUAAAGGUCAAAGUGAAGGAGAGAACAGUUCUGAUGCAGCAGAACCUUCAGGAGUUCUUCUCCCAGACCCCGAGCUGGGAAAUGGCUGCUCAGAUAAGAGAGAACCAGAAACAGAAUCCCAGAAUAGUGAACAAUCGGGGGUGACUAUGGGAGAGGAGCUGCUUGACCAGAGUAUGGAGGAGGAGGAGGAGGAGGAUGAAGAAGAAGCUGACAACGACCAUGAUGAUCACCUGAUCUACCUGGAGGAAGUGCUGGAAAGGAUACAUGCAGAAUAUUAUGGCCGGUAUGAAGGCUACCUGAAGAAGACGGCCUCGGAAACGCCAGACAUCCGCAAGAUUGUCCCAGAGCUGAAAAGCAAGACUCUGGAGGGCACAACGAUAGUGUUCAGCGGUCUGUACCCGACCAGCUAUCCCAUGGAGAGGACUCGUGAGUACUACCACGCCAAGGCCCUGGGCGCCAAGAUCGGCAAAAGCCUGGUUCUUGGUGACCAAGAUCCCAGUCGAACAACACAUCUCAUCGCAGCGAGAGCUGGCACUGAGAAGGUUCGUCAGGCACAGGGUUGUAAGCACCUCAAUGUAGUCAACCCAGACUGGCUAUGGACCUGUCUUGAGCGCUGGGAAAGGGUGGAGGAGCACCUGUACCCACUGAAGGAUGACUACUCAAAAUUGCCACGGAGCAACAGCCCACUAGGUUUCCCUGAUAAUCGCGGCUCCCUGCAAAAGCCCGUUUUCCAACCCGCUCCCAUCCACCACAGACCUCCACCAUCAGCGCCUGAGACCCGGACUUAUGAUCCCGUCACAGGAAAGCUUAUCCGCAGGAACCCACCGGUUUCACGGCCACCACCCUACCUCCAAGCACCAGGGUCCUUGUUGCUCUCAGAGCAAAGAGACCAGUCUUGUCUCAGGGGAACUUCCAAGAGUCAGCAAGAUGACACUGCUGGGUCCAGCCAGGAAGACGAGCAGCCGGGGCCAUCUCGUCGGAAGAGACAGCCAAGCAUGUCGGAAACAAUGCCACUGUACAUGCUUUGCAAGGAGGAUCUGGAGAGCAUGGACAAAGAGGUGGAUGACAUCUUAGGAGAGGAGAGCGACAACGAGAGUGAGGGCAGAGGGAAAGAGAAGCCAGUUAAUGAGGAGGUGGAGGAUGAAGAAGAGCAGCAGCAGCAGCCAGGGGCUGGACAGACAGCAGGAAGGAAGCUCGAGCCUCAGCCGUUGAGUGUGGAGGAGAGACUUCAGACACCAGCCACAGAAGCCUGUCUGCCAGGUGCUGUGCCAAGAGGACAGAAGCGUAAACACGAUGACAGCAUAGAGGAGGAAGGCGCCAGCGACGCGGAAAACAAGGAGGAGGCCGACUCGUCCUCCAAAGAGUCCAACGAGGAAGAGGAAGGCAGCAGCUCGGAGGCCGACGAGAUGGCCGCCGCCUUGGAGGCGGAGCUCAAUGACUUUAUGUGACUCAAACCCCCGCCAUCCCGACAAGUGGUACCUGAAACCUGCUAUUCUUCUUCUCUGGGUUUGGUGUGAGCCAUGAAUGUGUGCGGUUUUCCAAUGAAUGUCCUGUAAAUAAAGGCUUAGAUUUUUUUGGGAGCCUUUUUUGGAAUAAAUUCCUUUGAUGUUAACAUUUUAUUGUAAGAUAAACAGUAGGAGACAGAACAUUUGAUACUUGUUUUACUUUUUUAUAUUUCACUUUUUUAUAUUGAUGAGCAAACAAUAAAUAAUGAUGAAAUCGUGAA